AUGGGUCCAUUCGUUUUCAAGACUCUCAUUUCUUCACUUCUCUCCUCUGGCCUAGUCACCGCAGGUCCAACUCCACGAGCCACCUGGGACAAUCUCGCCAGAGACGCGGCAACUCUGAAGAAGUUCGGCGAGACUGUGACAUCUGAUCCUCAAGGCAUCAUCGAAUCCUGGACUGGCACCGAUGUCUGCAGCUGGAAGGGCAUUACCUGCGCAGAGCACCCAGACGGCUACCAAGCAGUAGCCGGCAUCGACUUCAAUGGCUACAACCUCGGCGCCAAUCUACGAGUGAAAGACCUCCUCGACAAGCUUCUCGAUCUUACGUUCUUCCAUGCCAAUAGCAACGAUUUUACUGGUACAGUCCCAGACGUGUCGAGGCUGGAAUAUCUCUUCGAGUUGGACCUCAGCAACAACCACCUUACCGGCAACUUCCCUCUAAGCGUUCUUUCUGCCCCACUCACCUUCCUCGAUCUUCGUUUCAACGAACUCCAAGGCGAGUUGCCCGAUGAUCUCUUCACCAAGACAGACAUGGACACCAUCUUUCUGAACGACAACAACUUCAGCGGCAAGAUUCCCGAGGCUGGUAACAUCAGCACCUUGUACAUCACCCUGGCGAACAACAAGUUCGAAGGGUCCAUUCCAGCAAGCUUCGCAAACAUCGAGGGUUUGAAGGAGGUCUUGUUCUUGGGAAACAAAUUGACGGGUACUGUGCCGGAAGAGCUCUGCGCUUUGGAGCUGGAUGUUUUGGAUGUCUCUGACAACCAAUUGGAUACGACUUUGGGACCGAAGUGUCAGGCGCUGAAGGAUAAGGGUGUUUUGGUGGUAUAG